GACUCUAGAGGGCGAGUCCUGGGGCCCCAGCCCCCUUUGGCGGACCAGUGUGAGAAGACGCUCUGGCCCGUUAGGCCUGUCCAGAGCAAACCCUGUAGAGAUGGGCUGAGGGCUUUGCCGCACUUCACUCAGGCGGCAUUUCGGGCAGCCCCAACGAGGACCUCCUGGGGCCUUCCUCCCUUUGAACGGCGGUGGCGGGCGGGCGCGCAGUCCUCCGCCCUCCCCAGUCUCGGGGUCGCCAUCGCCAUGGCCACGGCUGCUAGUCGGCCCUGCGCGGGCGUGUCGCGGGACAUCCUGUGGCGCGUUUUGGGCUGGAGGAUAGUUACAAGUAUUGUGUGGUCGGUGCUGCUGCUACCCGUCUGCACCACAGUAUUUAUAAUCUUCAGCAGCAUGGAUUUCUUUCAUCCUGUACAGUGGCUGUCAGAUUCUUUCAAUGACCUAUAUAGUUCCUAUGCAAUCUUUUACUUCCUGCUGCUGUCAGUGGUAAUAGUAAUAAUAAGCAUUUUCAAUGUGGAGUUCUACACAGUUGUGCCUUCCAUCCCCUGCUCCAGACUGGCACUGAUAGGGAAGAUCAUCCACCCUCAGCAGCUCCUGCACUCGUGUGUUCAUGCCACCAUGGGGCUGAUGAUGGCUUGGUGUGCUGCAGUGAUCACCAAGGGUCGAUACAGUUCUCUUGUGAUUCCCUGUGCUGGUUCUGAGAGUUCAGAAAACCCUGCCACACGGACCUGCUUAAAUGAACCCCACCUCUUUUUCCUACUCGCUGGAGCAUUUAUGGGCUAUAGCUACAGUCUCCUAUAUUUCAUUAACAACAUGAACUACCUGCCUUUUCCCAUCGUACAGCAAUACAAGUUCUUGCGUUUCAGGAGGUCACUACUCUUACUGAUUAAGCACAGUUGUGUGGAAUCACUCUUCCUGAUUAGAAAUUUCUGCAUUGUGUAUUAUUUCCUUGGUCAUAUUCCCAGGGCAUGGAUUAGCACUGCUAUGGACCUUCAGAUUGAUGAGCAUCAUCACACACCACUUGACACUGCGGGUGGCCUCUUGAACGUCUCACUGCUCUACCAUGUUUGGCUGUGCGGUGUCUUCCUCCUGAUGACUUGGUAUACCUCAUGGUUACUCUUCAAAAUCUAUGCCACUGAGGCUCAUCUGUUCCCAGUUCAGCCACCAUUCGCAGAAGAGUCAGAUGAAUGCUUACCAAGAGUUUUAAAUAGCAAUCCACCCCUCAUCAUAAAGUACUUGGCGUUGCAGGAUCUGAUGUUGCUUUCUCAAUAUUCUCCUUCACGAAGACAAGAGGUUUUUAGCCUUAGCCAACCAGGUGGACACCCCCAUAAUUGGACAGCCAUUUCAAGGGAGUGUUUGAAUCUCUUAAAUGAUAUGACUCAGAAACUGGUUCUCUACCAAGAAGCCGCUGCUACAAAUGGCAGAGUAAUACCUUCAUCUUACCCAGCAGAACCAAGGAAAGUAAAUUCUCCAGGAGAAGCUGUUUUUCAGACUCCCAGUUCUACCCAGGUGGUUCGCCCUUCAGUGCCAUCACUAGUUAAGACAUCACUGUUUCCCUCAAAAUUAUCUACAUCUGAUGUUGCAAGUCCCUUGGGCACCCCAUUUGGUUCUAGUGUAAUGAAUCGGAUGGUUGGAAUUUUCGAUGUAAACACCUGCUAUGGGUCACCCCAGAAUCCUCAGUUAAUACGAAGGGGACCACGAUUGUGGACUUCUGCUUCUGGUCAGCAAAGCUCUGAAUUUUCUGAUCGUUCUCCAUCUGCCACUAGUGCUGAUGGUAAGACAGUGCGACAGCCAAGUGUGAUUUAUUCAUGGAUUCAGAAUAAACGUGAACAGAUUAAGAAUUUCUUGUCAAAACGGGUGCUGAUAAUGUAUUUUUUCAGCAAGCACCCAGAGGCCUCCAUUCAGGCUGUGUUUUCAGAUGCUCAGAUGCAUAUUUGGGCAUUAGAAGGGUUGUCUCACUUAGUAGCAGCAUCAUUUACAGAAGAUAGAUUUGGAGUUGUUCAGACGACACUACCAGCUAUUCUUAAUACUUUGUUGACACUGCAAGAGGCAGUUGACAAGCACUUCAAGCUUCCUCAUGCUUCCAGUAAGCCGCCUCGGAUAUCAGGAAGUCUUGUCGACACUUCUUAUAAAACAUUGAGAUUUGCGUUUAGAGCAUCACUGAAAACUGCCAUCUAUCGAAUAACUACUACAUUUGGUGAACAUCUAAAUGCUGUGCAAGCAUCUGCAGAACAUCAGAAAAGACUUCAACAGUUCUUGGAGUUCAAAGAAUAGUUAAGUAAUAUAAACUGUGUUCAUUACACUGCUGAUACAACUACAGAUGGGACAGUAAAUGUUCAGCAUUCUUGGAUCAGAAGAAAAUGGACUAAUUAGAUGCUUCCUUUGUCGUGGUGGUUGCUUUGAAAACUAUACUUUAAUGGGAGAAAUCAUGGAAAGAAAUUCUCAACGGAAUAACCGAAAACUGCCUUCUCUGUACCGAUUGCGUUUUUUGUGUGUGGUAUAAUAAAAUCUUUAUUCAAUUUGACAGAAGCAUCUAUGGCAGCAGAAAUGUCUCUAACUUAUAACACAUAAUAAUAACUAUAAUUUUUUUUUUUUUUUAGUUUACUUUUGAAAGAGGAGAGCCAGUUCAGAGCGUAAAACAACUUGACUCUAUACCUUCUUAAUUGUUCUCAGUGUUUAGCUCUCUGUAAACUCAAAAGUACGCACACUUUUGGAGAAUAGUUUCUGUUCACUGAAGGAUAAAAAUGGUAACAGUGGAGAAAAUUUCACAGAAAAAAAAAAUGUCUAUAGGACAUAUUUUGUUAAUCCGUUAGGUUGUGUUUUUGUUCCCAGGGACAAAUUAAAUUUGCAUGAUUGUCCAAAAAAAGUCUCAAUUUACAGAUGCUAACUCUGUAUAAAGGAAUGUGGAAAAAUUCAGUUCUUAAGUUACAAGAUUGAAUAUUCCCAUUUGGUUUUCAAACGACAGUUGACCAAUCUAUGGAUAUAUUUUGUAUCAUGCUAGUAAACAAUGAGUACAUGGAUAUUUUCCAAAGUAGUUUUGCUUUCUUUUUCUGGAACAAAACAUUAAGUGACUGCAGGGCUUUUCAAGUGAGAGAAAAAGUUUUACAUGAAAAACCAGGAAAUUUUCCUCCCCCCACCCUUCCCCUCAUCUUCAUUAGAUCAAAUUAUUUUGUGAAACUUGUUUGGCUUCCCAGAGGGUACAACCUCUACUGUAUUCACUGACUAAUUAAAGUACGUUAGGAACAUUUUUACAGCCAGAAACAACUUAGUCAUCAAAUAGCAAGUGAAACCAAAACAUGAGAGGGAUUAUUGUACUCAGAAGGACUUAUGUUGUAUAUUCUAAAAGUGAAUGAAGAAAUAUAAUUUCUGAGAUGAAUUUCUUUACAGAUAGAGGAUUGAAAAUUCUACAAGGCUAGCUUCAGACUAACAUACUCCUCUGUCAUUCUGUUAUCUUUUUUCCCAUUAAUGUCUCCCCCUUUUUUUCUUUAAAGUUAGCACCAUGUUGUAUAUGAAUCUUUAAUGUGUGAUGUCUACCACUUGUCUGAUUUACUUGGUAUAUUCUUUCUGUAUUUUACUUGUUGCCUUUCCAACGAACUCACGCUAAAUUAUAAAUGGAUCCUGCUGGCUUUUUAAGUGUCAAGUGUUUUUGAGUAUUAUUCAGGCUAUCGAUGACUGUUAACUUUUUUAAAUGUCUAAAGUGGAGUUGAUCUCUUUCUUAAGUAUGAAAGUUGAAUUUCAAAUAAGGUGUAGUUACUUCCAGAUGACCAGGUGACCAGAAAAUUAUGACAAGGUUGACGGAGGCCUGUUAACGGAGGCCAUGUUUUUAAAACCACUGAACUUCAUAUUUUUGGUAUUUGGGGGGGGAGGGAGAAAUAUUCUUUGCCUCUGCUUCUGUUAAACAAAUCGGAUUCCUGAGACUGACCCUGGGAUGACUGACUUCCUUGGAUAAAAUGUCUUCUUUCAGUUGUUAGCAUUUUCUGUAUACUUGAUGUAAGUGGUGACCAGUGUGAAAGUUUCUGAGGUUUUUAUCCCUCUUUCAAAACGCUGUAUGCAAAGUACUGGUUCUACAGUAUGUACCUGUUAGAAAGUUGGAAACUGCUUCUCCUGAUCUGGAUUGUCCCUUUUCACAUUUCAUGUUGACCAUCUGCACACCGGCUGUGGUCCCAGGGCGUGCCCCGGUCACCUGUUAUUAGGUAGAGCUGCUUCGCUUGUAUACAGAAGUCACAUCCUGACUAUCAGCUCACUGAUGCUAUUGGAAAUUAUAGUGCUUUUUAAAAGUUUUUCUCUGACUGUUAGUACAAAAUAGAGUUAUAUCAGGCCUUCCAGUGUUUGCUUGACUUUCAUGGAAAGUAUGAAUCCAUGUAACUGCUUCCCUGGAGAACUAGGAGACUGUUCUAGAAUAAACCAUGUAUAGUUGAGUGGACAUGAGUAAGAAGCAAAUUGUUGCUUUGAUAAUUUGCUCCCUGGUAAUUUUUUUUUUUUGUAAUCUUUUAGUAUGUUUUCCUGUAUAUAUAUACAUAUGAUAAACUGUUUAUAUCCUUUUGUAUAUCAUGGAACUAAAUUGGGUAGAAAAAUAAAUCAAUUUAAAAAAUGG